AUGGGACAGACACAGACGCCUAUCGACUUGUUCAAGGGCUGGCCAAACCCCCAACUUUUGCCACCCCACCAAAUCAAUGAGGCAGCAACACACAUCCUGUCUAACCCUGACAACAAGGAUGUUUUGUUCUAUGGGCCAGACGAGGGCUAUGGUCCUUUACUGCAUCAAAUUUCCAAAUGGCUGUCGGCUUUUUAUCCAACGCAACCCAUCCCUCCGACGAGACUCUGCAUCACUGGCGGUGCUAGCCAGAAUCUUGCAUGCAUUCUGCAGACUUUCACUGACCCUAUCUACACCAGGAAUAUUUGGAUGGUGGCUCCGACCUACUACCUCGCAUGCAGAAUCUUUGCGGAUUCCGGCUUUGACGGUCGUAUGAAGGCGGUCCCAGAAGACGAGCAGGGUAUUGAUUUAGAUUACCUUGAAAAGGCGUUGCGUAUCAGCGAGGAGGAAGCAAACCGCGCUGGCAACCACGUCCCGAAGCUUAAGCCUGCCAAACCAUGGAGAAAGAUCUACAAACAUGUCGUCUAUACUGUUCCCACGUUCGCCAAUCCCUCCGGCCGAAUCAUGUCGCUUCAACGAAGACGUGCCCUGGUUCGAAUAGCCCGGAGAUACGAUGCGUUGAUCGUUGCUGACGAUGUCUAUGAUAUGCUGCAAUGGUCGUCAUCUCCGAGCUCUCAUAUCUCUUCUCUUUCACUCGACCGCGCUGGUCUACCCCGGCUCGUGGACGUUGAUCGAGAGCUCGAUGGUGGCCCUAUCGAUACCUUUGGCCAUGCUGUCUCCAAUGGAAGUUUUAGUAAGAUAGUGGGACCAGGCGUUCGCACCGGAUGGGCCGAGGCCUCCGAAGCUUUUGCUUACGGUCUUUCUCAGACUGGGUCGAGCCGAUCUGGCGGUGCUCCAUCACAUCUCACGGCUUCAUUUAUCUCUGACAUGCUUGCCACGGGGACUUUGCAAGACCAUAUUCGCCAUACACUGCAACCCGCCUAUCAUGAACGUUACCACAUCAUGAUGAAAGCUAUUCGAGAGCACUUGGUGCCCCUUGGGGUCACCACCCCGCAAGCAGACAAGGAAGUUGCUGGGGGUUACUUUAUCUGGCUGACGCUUCCACCGCCCGUUAAUGCAACGAACGUGUGGAGACAUGCACAAAAGGAGCAGCUGGUGACCAUCCCCGGGCCCAAGUUCAAAGUCGAUGGUGACGAAAACAACGAAGCUACUCGAUUCGAUCGCAGUAUGCGAUUAUGCUUCGCAUACGAGGAGGUGGGGCUGCUUGAGGAAGGAGUGCGACGGUUGAGUCGGAUAGUCAACCAAGAGAUGCACCCAUCAUCUAAGACAUCCGAGACAUCAUGUGGUUGA